UCUCCGGCAGACUGAAAUCGCUUCUCGCCAGUCCACUUAAAUUGGAAUCGUACGCGGGCACAGUCAGUUUGACCAAAAAAUCGCCAGUGAAAUGAGACAUACGUUAAUUAACUUAUCGAAUACAGUUGUUGCGCCUUUAGUCAUAAGCCAUCGAGUUGACCGACCCAUAAAACCGGUUGUUUAAUUCGAUAUUUAUCUUUGCUGUGCUCCUUUAGUUUGGUAGCACAUUUUUACCACUAGAUAGUGACCUGUUGGUGGUGACAGACGUCGACUUAAACUUUUACACAAGCUAAUAAAAUGAAGACAGUUAUAUGGCUCCCCCUAGCGUUGCUCUUUCAUCUCCACAAGUCGCAAUCGCAAAACAUCUUCCAGGACAUAAUACCAAAAAAGGACAUGGACGAGUACGGUCUUGCCCUGGAAGCGGUCUUCGGUCUAGGCCUUAGACUCUACGCCCUCUUGGACGAAUCCUCGCCCUCAAACUUCGUGGUAUCUCCGAUAAGCGCCACCGUGAUAGUCAGUCAGCUACUACUGGGCGCCGAGGGAAAAUUUAGAGACCAACUUUACGACCUUUUGUCUUUACAUGGUCAUCCCCAGCAUUACAGUGUACACUACUACAACAGAAACGGGAAAAACGAAAGCACCGCUUUGCCCUACGCCCAUAUACACUUCCAGUUAUCCAGCCUGAUAAAGAAAUUGCAAAGAAGGAAGACCGGUGAGCAGUUCAUGUUGACGCAGAGCAAUGCGUUGUUCUAUAAUAAAGACAUCGAGUUGAGGAGUUACUUCAAGAAAAACUUGAUUCAGUUUUACGAUAGCGAAGUCACACCUUUAGAUUUCAACAUGGAUACCUCAAGCGUUAUAAAUAACUGGGCAUCCUCGCACACCAAUGGACUCAUCAAAACCAUCCUUCCUAGCCCCCCUGGCCCCUCCACAUCAUCGAUAUUCCUAAACUCGAUCUACUUCCGAGCGAAAUGGGAAACGCCGUUUUCAGACACGAUAAACGUUGACGAGGUUUUCCAUGUCAAUGAAAACACAAACGUUAUAACCACUUACAUGCAAGGGCUCAUACAGAAUAUUCUGUACGCAGAAACGAGCAAUUACAGAGUGGUAUGUCUCCCUUACCAAAACAACGAGUUGGGAAUGUACAUUUUGUUUCCAAAUGCCGACAGCCCUUACAAAUAUAACUCGAAGCAGUUUAUAAAGCAGAUAGACCCUGCGGAAGUCCUGUCGACGAUUUCAAAAGCGCCACUACGUGACGUGGUGGUCAAGAUACCAAAGCUAUCGCUAUCGAACAGCUUGAGGCUGCUAGAGCCCUUACAGAGAUACGCUCAGUUCAGAAAAAGCGCUGUCAAGCAAACUAAGGAUAUCGUAUUCCCCGAAGAUGGCAACAGUAUCAUUAAUAGAAUUACUGAUAUCGUGGAGACAUUCAAGAACUUCACGACUGAAACGUCGACUGACAUUUACUUAUCGGGAGCAGCUAAAAAUAGAAAUUUGGUAGUGUCCGAUAUUAUACAGCAAAUAAUUUUCUCAAUUAAUGAAGAAGGAACCGAGGCUGCUGCUGUUACAGCUGGUAUAACUGACUAUAUGGGUGGUUCGAAGACGGUUGUUCUCGACAGGCCGUUUUCGUUUUUCAUCAGGCAUGAGCCAACUCUUGCUACUAUAUUCUGGGGAACUAUUACGGAUCCCUCGCAAAACUAGCAAUGUAAUGUGUGCAGGUUUUUUUACUUUUUCAUUUUUUUGAAAAGAGACUGAUUUUGUUAGGAUUAGUUAUUUAUAUUUAAUGUA